AUGGUUACUGUUCGUGCUGUAUUGGCUUUGGUUGCUAUGAAUAACUGGUCAUUGUUUCAAAUGGAUUCCAAGAAUUAUUACUCUUUGUUUACUAAGAGGCAAGGAUCCAGCUUUGUCAUAUUGUUAGUUUAUGUUGAUGACAUUCUCCUUACAAGUAAUAACCGCACUGUCAUUGCUGAAGUGAAGAGAUAUCUCAAUUUCAAGUUCAAAAUAAAGGAUCUUGGACACAUGCGAUAUUUUUUGGGGAUGGAAGUUAGUAGGUCAAGCAAAGGUAUUGUUCUCAAUCAGCGAAAAUAUGCUUUGGAGAUUCUUUCUGAAGCUGGUUUGGUAGCCGCUCAACCUGUAGACACUCCCUCUGGACAACAUUUGAAAUUAACUUCUGUAGCACUUGACCGGAUUUCAGGUGAAACCAAAGCUGAUCCCUUGUUAGUAGAUCUUUCUUCUUACCAAAGGUUAGUUGGCAAGCUCAUUUAUCUAUGUAUGACACGUCCUGAUAUAUGUUACUUAGUUUAG